CCUGUAAUCAUACAGAGAACACCUCCUCAGCAUGUCUCAAGACUGGGAAACCUGCUAAUAUAAAGGAGGAAAACCAUUACUCAUAGUUGGGACUUUUUGCAAGUUUCAAUAUGUCAACUUAACUGGAUAUGUGUGGUGGAGGAUCGGCCACACGUGUUGGCUAGAGUUGACACAUUAUUUUUAGUGUCUUGUCUCGGAGUGUCUUACUGUCACCCAGUGGACAGCAUGUGGAGAUGCAGGUCAUGGGGACACUGGCACAGAGUUGCUCCAGAUCCUGGUGUAUGCUUCACGAUGGGGCCAUAGCACUGAAGGCACACCAGGGGCUUUUUUGAGUGAGACUCCAGCGGAAUACAAGUUUGGAGUAAAAUGUGCCACGAAAAUGAAAUAAAGUGGAACUGACAACUGUAGCCAAUAUUUACUUUCAAAUCUGGGGAAAUCUGUAGGAAAAACACUGGACACAAGACAAAAUGAGCUACUACCGACAGUUCAAAUCAUCAAAGCUGCACCCCCACUGCGAGACCUGCUACAGCCACCGCUGCAGGGCCCCCGUGGAGAUCCCUGACUCAUGCGCUUUCACCAGCUGCCGCUUGUACUGCGGCGCCAACUUCCACCUGUGCCGAGAGGAAGAGCACAAGCUGCUGUGCCCCAAUGAGAAAGUGCCGUGCCUGAACGCCCAGUUCGGCUGCCCUUUCACCAUGGCACGCUGCAAGCAGGCCCAGCACCUGGAGUCGUGCCCGGCCAGCGUGGUGUACUGCUCCGUGGAGUGGAACCGGUGGCCUGUGGAGGACGUGAACUGCCCCUUCCACACGAACAUGCUGAAAGAGGCCAAGGAGAAGUGGGCGCUGGACCUGACCAUGGCCGUCCGGGACCAGAGCAAGCUGUGUGAGCGGGUCAAGAUGAGGAGCCUCUUCCCCGAGCUGGUGGACCCGGCAGAUAUGCCUCGGGAGCCUUCUCCUCCUCCUCCUCCUCCACCUCCACCUCCACCCGAGCCUCAGGUGGAGGAGAGAGGGGCUGUGGGAGGUGCGCCAUGGUCACCAAGCACACCGAAAAUGAACAGUGCAGAGCCAUACGCAGAUAAGGCGCAGGCUAACGGAGGGUCAGAUUAUCAGUUUGGUCAAAACGGCCCUCAAGAGGCUACAAAGGAGGAGGAGGAGGAUGGUAAGCAGGAGGAUGUUGCCGUUGGAAACGCUGUCGACGGCGAGAAAUACAACCGCUUUGAGAAGAUGUUCAGCAUGGAGCGAGGGGCCUGCAAACAGAUCGAAGAGGAAGAGAAGGACGACCAAAAAGACCAAAAGUCAGGCAACGAGCUGAAAGCUGCGACUUCAGAUGCAGCAUCUGCAAGCCAUCAUGCGCCAUGGGAGAGGGGGGUCUUGGAGAGACUGAGGGAAGAGCUCACUGCUCAGGAGUACAACAUGUACAUGGUCCACCACGGCCGCAUGCUGAUGCAGUUUGGCCAAAUCGAGGGCUGCACCCCCAGGGAUAGGGACUUUGUGUACGGCAGUCUCGAGCCCAUCCCUGUCCAGUCCAUCAAAUCGGAUUACCAUGGGCCCACGGCCUACACGGCCAAACGGAAACACAAGAGAGAUAUAACGAAAAUCCCCAAAACUGAGACCGUGAGCACCGACACGUCCGACUUGGGAGUGUCUGAGGAGGACAUUGAAAAAAUGGACGAAAUGUACAUCACUUUGCUCUGCUGUGCUGAGAAGGAGAUCCGUGGGCAUGAAAUCUCAGAGCUUCAAUGCAUCGACGGGGACUUUGUUGACAUGCCAACUCAGACCUACAGUUACUCUUCUGCGCCGUUCAAGUACAACACGUCAUUGGCAGACAUCACCGCUGGCAAAGAGCUGAAACUGUACGUCGACAUCCUGACCGAGAGCAUCUCGUCGCGAUACACCCCCAACAGCUGCGUGUUCACCUUCAGAUGCGGCCACCCAUUCAGACGGGACGAGUACGGGUACCACUACAAGAACCUGCAUGCCGACAUCCAGUUCUCCUUGGAGGGAUGGUUUGAGCAGAGGUGCCCCCUGGCCUACCUCGGCUGCACCCACAGCCAAAGGAGGAUCCACCCCCUCACCCAGAGGUCCACCGUCUGCUACCACCAGGAGCUGAGCACCUUCAGCUUACAGCCUGAGUUGUGUCCCUCACUCUCCAGCACCACCUCCUCCUCAUCCACCACCACCUCCUCCUCCUCCACCACCACCUCCUCUUCACAGGCCAGACAGGCCCGGCGUGGUAAUGACUCCCUCAGCUGCCUCCCUUACGAGGUCUUGUGCCACAUCGCCGGUUACUUGGACUGCUUCACCCUCUCUUCACUGGCGUUGGUGUCGACGCUGUUCCGGGACGUCUGCUCCACGCACCUGGAAGAGAGGGGGAUGGUGAUGCUGAAAUGGAGGAAGAAGUCGUAUAAGACCGGGGGGUCCCGGUGGAAGAGCACUCCAGUGUGGCAGUACAGCAACCUUUUCAGCAAAGUGGACAGAUGGUGCCUAGGUGAUGGACCCUCUAUGGCAGACCAUCUGAAGGUCUGUCCCUUCUACCAGAAGGAGGUCAAGACAGGAAAAGUUGCUGUGAUCCUGAAAGAUUAAUCUACAAACCCAUUUUAUUCACAUUGGUCACCAAGAACAUAUGAUAGGCUAUGUACAUAUAUCCCACCGCUAUCAGAGCUGUAGUAGGGAUUGAUAAAAAUGAGUUUGUGUUACUUCCGUUGUUUCUAAAAAAAACUAGAGUUAACAUGCUUUUAUGAAAAAACGUCAAGUCUUUCAGUGGAAGUGCUUUUCAAAUGGACAUUCCGUUGUUUUCAUGGCCUUAAACCAUACCACUGGAGAGAGAAGUAAAUAGGCUACACAUGUCGAAUCCCGUGGGAUUAAGGAUAUAUAGUAAACUAGUGGUCCAAGUGGUCUUAUACAGUUUUUCUCCGUGUAUUGCCUGAAUUGAGCAAUUUAUGAGGGUGUGUGCCGAUUUGGUUAGGUUGACGAUGUUGUGUGUGAAGGGUGAUACAGGUUUUUUUUCUGUUCCUGUGUGAUGUUUUGUUUCUUGAAUAAAACUGGUAUGAGUCCUA